CGAGCGCUCCGCACGCGACCGACGCGACCCGACACACGACACGACACAACACAACACACAGAGAGAGAGAGAGAGAGAGAGGGAGAGGGAGGACACAACAGAGCACGCACGCGUUUUAUCGCGGACGGCAGCAAGCCACAGGGACGCGCGGACGGAGAAAAAGUUGAGUCGAGUUUGGAUCCGACGCGAACGCGACAGAUAAGAGCAGAGAAGACCGGCUCGGCGCGAUGGCUGACAACCAGGACGAGAACAACCAGGAGGACUCGCUGGGCCCGGCAGACUCGUCGACCGCCUUCGCCAAGAAGAUACGCGGUCGCAAGGGCGCCCUCAAAAAGAAGAACGUCUACGUGGUGAAGAAUCACCGGUUCAUACCGCGCUUCUUCCGACAGCCCACCUUCUGCAGCCACUGCAAGGACUUCAUAUGGGGCUUUGGAAAGCAGGGUUAUCAGUGCCAAGUCUGUAGUUUCGUCGUGCACAAGCGAUGCCACGAGUACGUGUCUUUCACGUGCCCUGGAGUGGACAAAGGCGCCGAUUCCGACGCUGUUAAUGUACCACACAAAUGGAAUGUGUUCACGUUCAUCACACCGACGUUCUGCGACCAUUGCGGCUCGAUGCUUCACGGCAUCACAAACCAGGGACUCAAGUGUUCAGCAUGUGACAUGAACGUGCACAAACGAUGCGAGCAAAGUGUGCCGAAUCUGUGCGGAUGCGACCACACGGAAAGACGCGGCCGCGUAGAACUCGACAUAUCCUGCAGCGGCAACAAGCUGUCAGUUGGAAUCAUACAAGGAAGGAAUCUCAUCCCGAUGGAUCCCAAUGGCUUGUCGGACCCGUACGUCAAGCUGAAAUUAAUCCCCGACGGAGAAAACAUAAAGAAGAAAACAAAGACAAUCAAGUCGUCGCUGAAUCCAGAAUGGAACGAGACAAUCACUAUCGACCUGAAACCCGACGACAAGGACAGACGAUUGCUGUUAGAGGUGUGGGACUGGGAUCGAACGUCGCGCAACGACUUCAUGGGCUCGCUGUCGUUCGGCAUAUCGGAACUGAUGAAGGCGCCGGCGAAAGGCUGGUUCAAGCUGCUCACCCAGGAGGAGGGCGAGUUCUACAACGUGCCGGUGCCCGAGGAGGGCGUCGAUCUGGCCGAGCUCAAGACCAAAGCGAGGGUACGCUCGAAAACCUCAGUCACGAGAAAACCUCCAACGACGCAAGACAAAGAAGUACCACACAACAUGGGCAAGAGCGAUCUUAUCCGAGCGUCGGAUUUCAACUUCUUGCAAGUCCUUGGCAAGGGCAGUUUUGGAAAGGUUCUUCUCGCCGAAAGAAAAGGAACAGACGAGCUUUAUGCAAUCAAAAUCCUGAAAAAAGACAUAAUCAUUCAAGAUGACGACGUUGAGUGCACGAUGGUCGAGAAACGAGUGCUCGCGUUGUCGAACAAACCGCCAUUCCUGGUGCGACUUCAUUCCUGCUUCCAAACAAUGGAUCGACUCUACUUCGUUAUGGAAUACGUAAACGGAGGUGAUCUCAUGUUCCAGAUCCAACAGUGCGGAAAGUUCAAGGAGCCUGUAGCAGUAUUCUACUCCGCGGAGAUUGCCAUUGGACUGUUCUUCCUGCACUCGCGCAGCAUAAUCUAUCGCGACUUGAAGCUCGACAACGUCCUGCUGGAUCAGGACGGCCACAUCAAGAUCGCGGAUUUCGGCAUGUGCAAAGAGGGCGUGAGCGGCGACAAAACGACCAAAACCUUCUGCGGCACGCCAGAUUACAUCGCACCCGAGAUCAUUUUGUAUCAACCGUAUGGCAAAUCCGUGGACUGGUGGGCUUACGGAGUUCUUCUUUACGAGAUGCUCGUUGGCCAACCACCUUUCGACGGUGAGGAUGAGGAGGAACUCUUUGCCGCCAUCACGGACCAAAAUGUAAGCUACCCCAAGGCCCUUUCCAAAGAAGCCAAGGACGCCUGCAAAGGGUUCCUCACGAAGAAUCCGAGCAAGAGACUUGGCUGCGGACUGCGCGGCGAAGAGGAAGUACGAAGCCACUCGUUCUUCCGGCGCAUUGACUGGGACAGGAUUGAGAAUCGAGAGGUUCAGCCGCCGUUCAAGCCAAAAAUCAAACAUCGAAGGGACGUGAGCAAUUUCGACAAGCAGUUCACAUCGGAGAAGACGGACCUCACACCGACAGACAAGUUGUUCAUGAUGAACCUUGACCAGACGGAAUUCAUGGGCUUCUCAUUCCUCAACCCUGAAUACAUUCAGCAUAUAUAAUGUGUUUGAAACGAAGCCAACUAAGGAAAAACAAGAAAAAAAAAAGAGAAAAAGUCAAGAAGGAGAACGCUUCCCUCGAAUCUUUUCUUCGCAGAUGCGUCUCUCUCCCUGUCUCUCACCGCCUUCAUAUACUCUCUCCGGAAGGAGUUCUGAAUAUAUAUGUGUGUAUACGUAUAUACACACACGCAUAUUCUUCCUCUCUCGUAUCUCGCGGUUCUCUAGGUACCGCGAAUAUAUUAUAUAGAUGUAUGCGCGCCACCGCUACCGGACGAAAACGACGCGGUCUGUUUCUUACUCUCGCCUCACACUCGAACUACACACUUGUUUUGCUUGUACAUUGAGGAGUAAAAUACUGCUGAGCAAGAGGAGAUAAUGAAGUAUAUUGAUAAACGAAAAGAAAGAAAAACAAAAAAAAAAAGCUAAUUAGAAAGUUACUAAAUAAUGGCGCCGAGCGCAACAUUAAUUUAUCUCGUUCUUCGACUCGUUUUGUCGAGAAUCCUUAUAACGAGAUUAUUUUUGUUUUUAUGAUGUAUUUUAACGGUAUAUAAAAAACAAAUGAAAAACAAAUGUAUAUUCGACGGGAAGUGAGAAAAAAAGAUAGGAACACGAUCAGUUACAACUUGCGCUAAAUAUUCUAUUGAUUGCGCGACGUGAAAUUUCGCGCAGGUCGCGUUUGAAUGUGCGUUUAAUUGUAAAGCGGAGAACUGAUAAUUUUUAAGCGUAUGUAGCUACGUAUAAAUCUUGGCAGAAUCCGCGUGUGACAGAUACAAAUUUACGAAUCUAUCUUUUUUGCGACAAUGAAAAAGCUGAAAGGGUGCAGUAUGCGCAAGAUAGACAAUUAAUGCCAAUCACGUAUUCUACGUGAAAUAUGUUGCCAAGUCAUAUAUUAGUCUCCAAUAAUAUUCAAUUUAUUUUGACAAUUUAGCAAUAAGCGUCGAGAGUUUUAUCUGAUUGGAAAGAAUAUCACAGAUACGUGUUUUUAAAAUAAAGCUGCUAAUAGAUCCUCGUUUUCUUCACACAUUAUAUGCAUUUACUUCAGUAGUCGCAACUAUCGCCUUCCAAUCUUAAAUAUCGAACGAAUGAAUGGCUAUAUUAUAUAUAUUCAAUUACAUUAUAUAUACAUAAACGCAUGCGUAUCGUUACGUAUACAUCAGAUUUCUAUUGAUAUUACAAGCGUUGCACCAAUCGAUGGUGUAUCUUUAUAGCUUCUAUUGUUAGAACAACCAAGCAAGGGCAUUGAUUGUGACAAUGAUGGUUAAACUGUGUAACUGGUUAUAGAAUCUGCAGUGUAUUUCGAUGUACAAAGAAAAAAGAUCAUAGUGCUGUAAAGUGCGGGAUAUUUGCUUUAUUCGAGAAAAUGUUGCUGAAGAAGAGAUAAGUAAGACAAGGAAAAAGCCAAAUCGGACGUGAGAACAGAUACUGAUAAAUAAGUGACCGGUUACUUCAUUUUUUCUUCCACUCGAUCUAUUUGCGUUAUUCUAUUUUGUUUUGUGCCGAAAACCUAUUCAGCCUUAUUCUCGUACAUGUUGUAACAUUCGCGAAUAAAAAAAAAAGAGAAUAUAUAGCCCGAAUAAGCGAAGAGAAAAGAAAACAACUUUUAGGUGCUUCUUUUUAUACUCGUCAACGCUAUAAAUAUUACGAGGGUACAUAUUACUACAUAAAUUACAAAUAACAAUAUACAAUUGUAGAUUUUCUGUAGCCAGCUCUCAGGGAAUUAGAUUGCAUAAGUUGACCUUAUUGAGUUUUACAAUGACCAAUAGUACUACGUGAAUCUUUUCUUGUCUUCUUCACGCAAAGUAUUUUCUUGGUUUAAGUUUUACUCUUGCCGUCAAAAAUUCGUAACUCAAAAAAUCAAAGUACUAGAAUACUCGACAAGUUCAAUCAAAAUCAAUUGUAACGGAUAUUUCUAUAAGUAGUUGUCGAAUCGGUUCAGCCAUAUCAAUUAAACUAGAAUCUCGAAACUUGCAAGCUUUUGAAUCUGAAUUCAGCUAAUCGCUAAAUGUGUUAGUAACGAAAACAAUAUGUUUAUUAGAAUACUGUCAAAUAACGUCUAGUAUGAGUGAGAAUAUAGUUAUUUUUAGGCUAAGUAUUAUUUCUUUCAUGGAGUAAACUUGCAACGUGGCAUGCCUUGCUACUUGUAUUAUUUAUCCAUGGAAGUCCGGCAAAUCAAAGUACCUAUGUACAUUAAAAUAUUAAAAAAAUGAAAAAAAAAUAUUUGUCAUUUACUAUAUACAAGUCUUGCACUAUGCGAAACGCUAGUUCCCUUUGACGAACAUGCGAUAUUCCAAGUACGCGCGAGUAGAUCACAUAUUAUACGGAUAUUUUAGAUUUAUGCGAAAAAAACAAACCUACGUAUAUAUGAAUAAAUGAAUGAAUAUGAAGAAACCAAUACAUGAUUCUUACUAGAAUGUUAUGCUCAUAUGUACCUCGACGAAAUAAAGAAAUAUUUCAAUCAUUGUAAACCGUUUGAAGGGAAAGUAAAUUCUGGUGUACGCAGGAGCUCGCUUAUUCGUUUUAAGUGAUCGAACUUUAAUCGGCGGCUUUUUCGUCAAUUUUUAUCGGUAUAUUUGAAUUUCUUUCAAUGAUGUUUUAUUCGAUUCGUAUAAGAUUACGAAAGUUUCAUUCGAACGCGAAUGAGCAGUUUUAUCUACUACAAGAAUUAUGAAUCUCUGAAUUUAGUCAUAUACAUUCAAACGUAAUUUGACAAUCCAUGUAAAUGUUUUUAAGUCUGUGCUCUUUUACUGUAAAUACUAUUAAAUACGUGGAUUAAAUAUUCUUCAUAUAAAUAAUUUAAGAUUUGAAAAAGUCAAGAAAAUGUCGAUAAAAAUUGUUGAUAUAAUAAAAUCAUUUAAAAAAACAUAUUUUUAAGAAUUUAAGAUCAGACAAAUUAUCAAAGUUUAUGAAUUCUUAAUCAAAUUUCUGAAUAUCAAUGAAAAUAUCUUGAUGAUAUCAACAGCAUACUAAAUAAAUCUAGUCAACUUCGAUUUUUGUGAAUAUAUAUACAUAUUAACUUUUACUAAAAAAAUAUAAUGAUGGAGAUUCCUGUAGAAAAAACUCGCGAGAGAAAACAAAUUCAAAAAUAUUUGAAUGGCAAGUGUUUCUUCUAUUUAAAAAACUUUUUUCAAGGCUUCGAAGUACUUUAUUUUAAAUCUCUUAAUUUCAAUUCAUUAAUUAUGUACCAUCAUUGAGAAUAUGA